AUGGUCCCGGUCCAUCUCCUGGGGGGCCAUGUGGCUGGUGGGGAGCUGAUCCUGGGCUCUGGAUGUGGAGUGACCAGUGCUGACAGGGAUGGAUUCCAUCUGGAGCACCCACUCCUAGGCUGUGGGACCACCCUGGAGCUCCUCCCGGACAGAAUCCACUACAGGAACAUCCUCCACUACCACCCCUUGUCCAUGGGGCUCGUGGCUCGUGCCAGACCCUUCUCCCUGCAUGUGGAGUGUAACUACCCUAGGACAGGCAACAUUUCAUCCAUGCCCAUCCAUCCCACCUAGAUCCCCUUCAGCUCCACCGUGGCACACUGGAGGCGGCCGCGCUUCACCCUGGAUGUGUUUGACAAGUCCUGGCCCUCCCACCUAUCCCACCUCUCCUAUUCCCUGGGGGAGCUGAUCAACGUGCAGGCGUCCCUGGGCACCAACCCCUGAGAGCCCCUGAGGGUGUUCGUGGACGAGUGUGUGGCCACUCCAGGCCAUUCCAAACGGCCGGAAUUCUGUGUCAUUGCUGACAAUGGGUGUCUCCUGGAUGGGCAGCUCGGCCGCUCCCGCUUCCUCCCGUGGUGUGGAAACCACUCCCUCCGCUUCCAGCUGGACACCCUCCUCUUCCCAAACCUCUCUGGUAGCCAGGUCUCCCUCCACUGCCACCUGCAGGCUGUGGCUCCAGGGGCUGGAAGUGCCUCUGGAAAGCCUCUUCCUACGACCGGGAGGCAUCUGCCUGGCAUUCCCUCGAUGCUGGAUUCACGGGAUUGGAUUGCUCGUGCUGCGGGUCCCCAGAAGGCUGUGGGGGGCAGCGUCGGCGGCGUCUGGCUAGUGGAGGGCUCCUGGGAGAAGCUGGUGUCAACCUGGGGCUGCUCUCAGCUCGUCCCGCCCAGCCCCCCGGAGCCCACCCCGGCACCCCCUCACAGCCCCCCGGUGCCAGAGGGGGACCAGAGGGACUCAGGUGGGUGCGAGCCCCCCGUGGAUCUGGGGGGGAGGGGGGGGGCUGGGUGGCUUCGGCUGGCUGUCCCCGGGUCCCUGGUGGCCUUGGUGGCCAUGUGCUCCGUCCUGGUGGCCGUCGGCACCGCCGGCUGCUACUUCUCCGUGUGGAGGUGCCACACUGGGAACGGGGAGCGGGGCCUGGAGGGUCCUGGGAUACCCCCUGGGCAGCCCCGGGAGGUGGCCAUGGUGACCCCCUGGAACCCCCCUGCUCCUGCCGAGCCUCUCACUGCCUGA